AUCACUGUCACAGUGAAGUAAUACGCUUUGGAUUUGUAGGUAUUGUAGGUGAAAUACGGUACAGAUUUUUGUAUUUUUUUUUUCGAUAUUAUGUUAAAAAUUAACGUCUAUUGGUAUGUGGUAUAUUGAGAGCUAAAGAAUAUACAAAGCUUGCAAUGUCAGGACAUAAAAAUCAGAACAACCCUCCGGGGCUGAAGCAGAUUGAUCUUGACCAGAUUUGGGGUGAUCUCAGGGAAGGCAUCGAGCAAGUGUACAAUCGCCAGUGCAUGCCUAAACCUCGUUAUAUGGAACUUUAUACACAUGUCUAUAACUAUUGUACAAGUGUACAUCAACAAAUAAACCGUAGUACAUCCACCAAAUCCAAGAAGGGACAAGUGUCUGGUGGAGCACAGCUUGUAGGUCUGGAGCUCUACAAGAGGCUACGAGAUUUCCUGCGCAAUUAUCUCAUCAGCUUACUCAAGGAUGGUAUUGACCUGAUGGAUGAAGAUGUGCUUCAGUUCUAUACACGACAGUGGGAGGAAUAUCAGUUCAGUUCUAAGGUGCUUAAUGGUGUCUGUGCUUACCUCAACAGGCAUUGGGUCCGAAGAGAGUGUGAAGAAGGCCGUAAAGGAAUCUACGAGAUAUAUCAACUUGCCCUGGUGACAUGGCGGGAUAACUUAUUUAAGCAGCUUAAUAAACAGGUGACAAAUGCAGUACUGAAGCUUAUAGAACGUGAAAGGAAUGGUGAGACCAUCAAUACAAGACUUGUGAGCGGAGUCAUCAACUGCUAUGUUGAACUUGGACUGAAUGAGGAGGAUCCAGGUGCAAAGGGACAGAAUCUUUCGGUGUACAAGGAAUCAUUUGAGAAUGUAUUCCUGGAGGAUACAGAGAGAUUCUACACACGUGAGAGCACGGAGUUCCUUCGGCAGAAUCCUGUCACCGAAUACAUGAAGAAGGCAGAGCAACGCUUGCUUGAGGAACAUAAGCGAGUUCAAGUAUAUCUACAUGAAACAACUUUGGAGAGACUGGCUAAGACAUGUGAGAAGGUGCUAAUUGAAAAGCACCUGGAAAUUUUUCAUGCAGAGUUCCAGAACCUCCUAGAUGCAGACAAGAAUGAAGAUCUUGGACGCAUGUACCAACUAGUUGCUCGUAUUCCUGAUGGCCUUGGUGAGCUGAAAAACCUGCUGGAGAGCCACAUUGCCUCACAGGGACUUGCUGCCAUCGAUAAAUGUGGUGAUUCUGCUAACAAUGACCCCAAAAUUUAUGUUAACACAAUAUUAGAAGUUCAUAAGAAAUACAAUGCGUUAGUACUAACGGCAUUCAACAAUGACUCGGGGUUUGUGGCGGCUCUGGACAAGGCAUGUGGACGUUUCAUCAAUAGCAAUGCAGUGACCCGACAGGCCAAUAGUUCAUCAAAGUCACCAGAGUUAUUAGCAAAGUACUGUGAUCUCCUGUUGAAGAAGAGCAGUAAGAAUCCUGAGGAAGCUGAACUUGAAGACACUCUCAACCAAGUUAUGGUUGUUUUCAAGUACAUUGAAGAUAAAGAUGUGUUCCAGAAGUUCUAUAGCAAAAUGCUGGCAAAGCGGUUAGUCCAGCAUAUGUCAGCCAGUGAUGAUGCAGAAGCAUCUAUGAUCUCAAAACUGAAGCAAGCUUGUGGCUUUGAAUACACAUCUAAACUUCAGCGAAUGUUCCAGGAUAUUGGUGUAUCAAAGGACUUGAAUGAGCAGUUUCGAAAACACCUCACAAACUCUAACGAACCUCUGGACAUUGACUUCAGCAUACAAGUUCUCUCCUCAGGGUCUUGGCCAUUCCAGCAAUCCUUCACAUUCUCUUUACCCACAGAGUUGGAGCGAAGCGUUCACAGAUUUACAACAUUCUACAGUGGCCAGCACAGUGGACGGAAACUCAACUGGUUGUACAACAUGUCAAAAGGGGAGCUUCUCACAAAUUGCUUCAAGAAUAGGUACACACUGCAGGCCUCAACGUUCCAGAUGGCAGUACUACUGCAGUACAAUGGGUCAGAGAGCUGGACAAUUCAGCAGCUGCACGAGUCGACGCAGAUCAAACUGGACUUCCUUGUGCAAGUGCUGCAGAUCCUGCUGAAAGCCAAGUUGUUGCAGAGCGAUGAUGAUGAGAACGAACUGCAUUCCAACUCAUCCAUUGCGCUCUUCACAGGCUAUAAGAACAAAAAGUUGCGUGUCAACAUCAACAUCCCAAUGAAAACAGAACUGAAAGUGGAGCAGGAGACAACCCACAAGCACAUAGAGGAGGACCGCAAGCUGCUGAUCCAGGCAGCCAUAGUACGCAUCAUGAAGAUGAGGAAGGUGCUGAAACACCAGCAGCUGGUAGCAGAGGUGCUGAAUCAACUGUCAUCCCGCUUCAAGCCUCGUGUUCAUGUCAUUAAGAAAUGCAUAGACAUCCUAAUUGAAAAGGAGUACCUGGAAAGAACUGAGGGCCAAAAGGACACAUAUAGCUACUUAGCAUGAUUGCAUAGUGACAGGAACAAACAGGCACAAAAGAGGGAAGGGAGGGGGCAGCACUAUCCAAACAGAGAUUCUACGUAGUAUUAAAAAAAAAGUUGUAAAAGUUAACAUAAACAUAAUUCAAAAAUGAAGGAAAAAACGCUGAUUUUCAUUCAAAAUUGAUACUUUGCAUUUGUUGUUUAAAAAAUAAAAAUUGAAACAACCUGAGAACUGAUCAUUCCCCUCAUAUAAUUCUUUUUUGUUUUUUAAAUAUUUUUCACUUGUUACACUUCAUGAAAUUAUUCAUGUUAUUCAAGUACACCUUCAAUAAUGCAACAAUGAUAUUUAAAUAUAAAAGACACCUAAAAUAUAUUUUUUCACUAAAAGUGUAAAAAUCAUACUAAUACAUAUUAUACAUUACAGUAUGAUGGCCGGAAGAUGGAUACAAUAAUGGUACUCCAGAUAUGAUGUACAUGGGGGCAUGAAAGACAAGUGGACAGUGCAGUGGUCUCCCCACAUAUUAAAAAGUUGCCUGAUCAUGGCCCAUAUGCAGCCGAAACAUGUUGCAAAAUUAGAAAAACAUUAUGUAAAACAAAAAGACAUUUCUGAAGUAUUUGCUAGUCACUUUUAGUGUAUAAGAUAUACUUGCAGUGUCUUAAUUACAUCUUAUUAUAUUUAUUAAUAUAAAGUAUUAAAGUUACACGUUUAGUGAAAAAAUAUAUUUUAGGCGUCUUUUAUAUU